UCUGGUUCGGUCCGUUAGUUAGCCGCUGUCCGGUUUGGCUUCGGUUCUGUCUCCGCGCUCACCGGGUCCGGUAUCUGCCCGCUCGCUGCUGAAUGCUACCGAUGCUCCGGUUAGCCGCUAGCUGCUGCUGUCAGGCUAACGGUAAAUAAGCUUCCAUUAUCGGACACGCCCUCGUCUGACCUCCGCGCGCUCCCAGUCCGCGUCCUCUGUGCCUCACCUGCGUCAGGUGCACUGAUCUAUAAAUAGAACCUGGAUGUUGCAUCUGACUAAGCGGGCAGCUAAACUUUGAGGUCGUCAUGGAAACAGCGGUUACCAUGGAGGACCAGGCUGAUGUUGCCAUGGUGAACAGGAUGGAUGUCCAGGACCAGAUGGCUCCUCCAGACAAAGAGGUGAAGAUCUCCUCCCGUCAGCCCCGCCGCCGCGCCCUGGGGAGGCGGAGUCAGAGAGGAAAGAGGCGGGGCCCUGUGGAGAAAAGGCGGGGCCCCACAGAGAAUAGGCGGGGCCAGAAGCAGAAGAGGUGGGGCCAGGAAGAGGAGAAGGAGGGCGUGACGGUGAAGAGGACAUGGAGCGGAGGGAAGCGGCGCUGGGAUAAGAAGCAGUACUGUGUGUUCUGUCGCCGGCCGCAAGUGAAGAUCGCCAGACACCUGCUCAGGAAGCACGCCGACGAACUGGAAGUGGUCGCUGCCAGCGCCCUGCCCACAGGCUCCAAACAGCGCCACCUGCUGCUGGAACACCUGCGCUGUAGAGGCAACUACCUGCACAACAUCGAGGUGAUCAGACAGGGCAGUGGGGAGAUCGUCCCGUGGCGUCAGCCCUCAGAGGACGUGGAUGCCAGGAACUACCUGCCCUGUCCUCUGUGUCUGGGGUUCUUCCUGAGGGCCGACCUGUGGAAGCACCAGGUGUCCUGUAGGAAGAAGCUGUCCAUCGACCCGUUCAGAGAUCCGUCCACAGAGACGUCCAGAGACCCUUCCAUCGACCCGUCCACAGAGACGUCCAGAGACCCUUCCAUUGACCCGUCCACAGAGACGUCCUCUGACCCGGCCACAGGUAUGUCAGAGGACACGCCCCCUGAGCCCUCAGACGUGCCCACCACGGAGCAGACUAGUGGUUCUGAUGGAGGGUCCAAACGUCCCGGGACCUCUGACUCCGGAGAGGACCAGAACCCGUCCUCUGAACCGGCAGCCUCUAGGCCCAGGAAGAGGACCAGAGUCCAGGCAGCAGCGUCCCGCCUCCUCCCCAUCUCUAGUGGAGCUUCAGAGAGCUGCAGUGAGAUCCUGCACCGCAUGAACCAGGACAACGUGUCCCACCAGGCGAAGUCUGAUUGGCUGAUCUGUAAGUACGGUAACAAGCUGAUGGGGAACCAGGAUGGCCUCCAGAGGAGGUACGACUACGUGAGCCAGAAGCUGAGGGAACUGGGUCGGCUGCUGCUGGCCGCCAAGUCCCUGGACUCUGAGGUCCAGAAUCUCCAGGACCUUCUGGCCCCGGGCCGCCUCAGCCUGGCGCUGGCGGCCUCCAGGAAGGCGGCCGGGUACCGGUGGAGCCGUCCUCCUCUGGCGGUGAAGACCACGCUGAAGACGGUGUGUGAGAUCGCCAUCGGAGAGAAUCUGCAGGACGGAGACUGGGAGGCAGCGGCCAGGACCACCGACUUCUACUACAUGCUGGACAGGGAGUGGGACAACCUGGGGCUGCAGAACCCCGGCCCAGACCCAGCUGCUCCAGAGGGAGGAACCAAGCUGAAGAAACGUCUGGUCCAGACCACCACCCAGAAGGACCUCAGACCAGAAGGCCUGUCCAAGCCCACACAGGGGACCUCCCUGGUUCCACCUAAGUCCAGACUGCAGACCCCCGUCACAGGUCCUGUAGCCCCUAGGAAGGUCCAGCGCCGCCCCUGGUCUUCUGCAGAGAAGGAGGCGAUCUGGAGACAGCUGGCGGUAAACGUUCUGGUCCAGACAGUACCGGGGAAGGAGGUCUGUCUGCGCUGUCUGGACCUGGAGCCGGUCCUCAGGGGUCGACACUGGAAGGACAUCAAGAACCAGGUCCACAACCAGAUCCAGAGCCAGAAGAAGCAGCAGUUCAACGCCCAGAUGGACCUGGAGGAGAACCAGGAGCACCAAGACCAAAUCCAGAACCAGAACCAGAAGAAGCAGAAGAAGCAGAAGGCUCUGAUGGACCUGCAGGACAAGGACCACAUCCAGAACCAGAAGAAACCCCAGUACCAACCUCAGAUGGACCUACAUGACCAGGACAACCCUCAGAACCAUAAGAGACCACAGUACCAACCUCAGAUGGACCCACGUGACCAGGACAACCCUCAGAACCAGAAGAGACCACAGUACCAGCUCCAGAUGAACCACCAGGCUCAGGAUAGCAUCCAGAACCAGAAGAAGCUGGAUGACCACGCCCACCUGGACCACCAGGACCACCUCCACGUCCACAAGAAGCAGCUGUGCCACAGCAGACUGGACCACCAGGACCAUGGCCCGGUCCACAAGAAGCAGCUGUACCAGAUGGACCAGCAGACCCUGCAGACGUUGGACCGGGACCCCUCCAUCCUCACGGUGGCCCCUUACGGACCCGACGGACACCGAGGACCCGGACAUCCGUUACUGGACCGGGAGCCCUCCAUCAGCCCCUACCCCCUGCUGCACCGGGCCCCAGGACCCCACAUGGACCAGCUGCUGUCCAGAACAGACUGGACCGAGGAGGCCCUGGCCCAGAACUACCCGCUCAGCAGACCGCUGGGUCGGAACCUGCUGCAGGACGUCCCUCCUGGAGGACCACCACCGGACCCACACUCUGGACACGUCCACUUCUGAGGAACCAAGGAGCGGUUCUGAUGGACUUUACUGACUGACAAGGCCCGGUUCUGAUGGACUUUACUGACUGACAAGGAGCGGUUCUGAUGGACUUUACUGACAGCCAAGGCCCGGUUCUGAUGGACAUGUCCACAUGAAGACAUUGAGGACAGACGGGCCCUCUAACCGGACCCUGAGCUCACUGACUGUCAGAACUUCUGCUUUUUGAAGGAGAUGUGAGAACAUGCUGAAGGAACAGGACCACCUGACCUGGUACUGCAGGUCGGCUCUGGUUCUGCUCCGAGGACCAGUUCCUGAACCAGCAUGGGGGUUCUGUUCAGGAGGUGGAAUAAAUCCAGGUUCUGGUGUCAGAACUAUGCAGAGCAGAGGCACAGUUUAUUUACUGUCUGAUCUGGCACAGUCCAAGGGAGGACAAACCAGAACCUCUGAGCUGGACCCUACAAGUUCUGACAGGUCCAGAACCUCUGAGGUGGACCCUCCAGGUUCUGACAGGUCCAGAACCUCUGAGGUGGACCCUCCAGGUAACGUGUGUUCCGUCUUAGUUGUGUGUGUUUCCAUAACUUUAAAAGUCGGACUCUUUAACGGCUCAGUGGGUAGAGUGGCCGUCUACCCGUCGAGUUCAUGUCGAGGUGUCCCUGAGUAAGACACCGAACCCCGAAUUGCUCCUGGUGGGUCGUGGUUAGCGCCUUGCAUGGCAGCUUCUGCCAUCAGUGUGUGAAUGUGACGUAUCAUGUAAAGCGCUUUGGAUAAAAGCGUUAUAUAAAUACAACCAUUUACCAUUUUUAACCAACCACGUUCAGUGUUAUUGCUGUUGUCAUGGUAACCGUCAGCUGUGUGUCCUGUCAGCUGUUCACCAGUAGAUGGCAGCGUGUCCUCUGGAAUGAACUGUUGAGGUUUUUAAGGGAAUAAAAACGUUUUUACA